AUGGCCGACACCGAGGAACUAGCGAAGGGUUACACUUCGGUUAAUAAUACCCAAUUUGACGCUGGGCUGUUCCUCCUCAACAGACUCGGAGUCACUCCCGGGCUGCACGUCCUCGACGUCGGCUGCGGCCCCGGUAAUAUCACAGCCCACAUCGCCGGGAUCGUCGGCGACAAAGGGAGCGUGGUCGGCAUCGACCCAAGCAAAGAGCGCAUCGACCUCGCGCAAAAAAUCAAAACGCCCAACCUGUCAUUCCACGUCGGCAGGGCCGAAGACCUGUCUCAAUUCGCUUCUGCCAGCUUUGAUAUCGUAUAUGUCAACUCUACCUUCCACUGGGUGGAGGACCAGCCGGCCGCAGUCAAGGAGUUCUCCCGCGUGCUCAAGUCUGGAGGUCGUCUAGGAAUAUCAGGAGGAUCCGGAGACUUCGUCGCCGCGCACGAGAGGAUCAAGGCCGACGUGCUGUCGAGGGAGCCGUACCGGAACUACCCAGAGCAGAGUGGUCCCAAGUUCAUCAAGCAGCGGGAUCUUGAGAGUCUCCUCGACAAUUCCCAAUUUUCCAAGAGGGACAUUGUCAUCAACAAGAUCGUCAAGUCGGCCAAGAACGGGGAGGCGAUGAUCGAGUGGCUCGACACGAGCUCGUCGGGCAAGACGUACGGCGGCAUCCCGCUGGACCUGCGGCCGAAGGCGCGGGAGGAGAUGAAGGUGGAGUGGGACAAGAUCACCACGGAGGACGGGAUUCACAUGGACAUGGAGCUGUUGGUGACUGUGGCGGCCAAGGACUGA